CGUGUACAUUAGAAAUGCCUGUAAAACAGUGUGAUAAAACUUUGUGGGUACAACCAUGGGGUGAGCAAGUAAGAGCAAGUAUGGGCAUCGCUCUGGAAGUAAUCACACUGAUAUCAUUCGCACAGACCCACACCACGGAUCAUAUGACACCAAACGCGACCCGGAAAUUUAUGGAAUCCCACUACAUUCCCAAUCGUGCCUAGAGCAACUUGCGUAUAAGAGCGACUGUCCAGCCAAAGAGUUGUUGGGCAGUUCAAACAAAUUUCAAACAACUACACCGUGUACGUUAUCGUUGCGCGAUCCCCUUGCUGCUAGAUCUGACAGUUAACAAUUCAGUGCAACCAUGGUUCGUUUUGUACUGGCUGCUGUUUCCUUGCUCCUUGCGCUCGGCACGGGAGUUAGCGCAGAAUGCGAGGCCUGUCCUAAUUGCGAUUACGAAAACAUCAGUAUCCAGCAAGGAGAUGCAUGUCUUAACUACUGGACGUGCUCAGGCGAUACUAUCACUUGCUAUUACCCCUCAGUCGCAAAUCCAGGAACGUAUAAUGCCUGCGCAUAUGGUCCAGCCAAUGAUUGGGCACUCAUAUCUGGUCCCAGCGAGAUCUGUUUCCCGUAUGCGGGAAUCAACUCGAAAUGUGAACCUGGGAAUGACCCUUACAACCUUGGCAUCCCAGGCUGCACUGCUUCAUAUGGACUUGUCGAUGAAAACAACAGUGGGUUGUUAAAGUGA